AUAACAGUGGAAAGUCACAGUGCGCAUCGUCGGACUGCAGGUAUAGCGACCACUUCAGUCCACAGACAUUUUGAAGAUUACUUACCUAAGAAGCGUUGAUGGAUAAGUCUGAUCUCGAUAUAUCCUUUAUUCUGUGUUGUAUUAAGAUAACGAGAAGAGCGGGACUGUUCUAUUUAUACUUAACAUAUCGAAAGUGUCUUAGGCGACGUCUGAAGCGUACAUUUAAAAGACGUUUUCUUAAUUGUGAGAAUGAUUGCAAAUAUGCAACUUCCACUUAUAACCAUCCUGCUUUUCAAGUCAUGUUUGUGUCUUCAAAUUGACACGGUCAUUCAGUUUCUGCGUUCGGGAGUGUUCGGCAAGGUGGAGACUGUCGAGCAGGUUUUGGUCAACGGAGCCCCUCUCUCCAGCUGCGGGAAAGACGUCAGCAGCAUUCUCAAUGCUGUAUUGCUGAUCAACUACAACGAAUCUUUUCAAACGAUAGAAGAAAGUGGCAACAACACAAUGAAAAUAAGUCAUACUUACAUGCGUGUACGAGAGUGCAAACUGGAUAGCUUUGGAGUGUUGCUUUUGACAGACCGUCUUCUAGUUGAUGGGAAUAACUUCCUUACUCUGGACCGAGCCACGGACACUUGGACAGCAGAGGGACCACAGGCUCUCCCUCUGAAACAUCUAUGGGACCGGGAGAGCACACGCACAAGGCGGGAAAUUAUGCAACUCCAUGAAAGCUGUACCAAACUACUGGAGGAGAUCACAUGUUCUGAGCCCGGCGCUACUGGAGCAGGGAUGGACAUUCCGACGGCCCUGGCUCCGCUGCUUGCAGGCCUGGGAUUUGUUAUAUUGGUUAUUGCUAGCUUCCUCAUCUCAAAGAAACAAGAUCCCACCAUUUCAGGACAUCCUGGAGGGGUCAUUGGCUCCAUAAUUCACUAUCCUCAUAAUAUCUCAGAAUUAUCACACAGCCCUAAUCCAGGAAGAGGGUACCAGGUCCUCUAAAACCCAACCUCCUUCUGUUCACUGGUUCUCACUUCACAACCAUCUGGUCUGGUGACCAUAAAAUGCCUUAUGUGUGGAUUGACUUUCUACCAUCUGCCUCAAAAUAUGUACACUCUCCCUUGAUGUGGUGGAAAAUGCUCACUUUUGCUAGUUAAAUAUUUUUAAAUGACCCGGAGUGAGAAAACAUUGUAAUUGAGAGUAUGACAGAAACUAUUGUGGCAUCACCAAUUGUGUAAAUUUAGACACUUACUGUAAAUUGAAAUCUUAGUGGUAAAGGAUAUCAAUACGAUUUUAUGCACUUUAUAAUCGAUUUUUUUCCCUGGGUGGGAUUCUAACCCUGUGCAUUUUCAUGUAAUUGUACUUAUGCUCUUCAGCCUUUUAUGUCAACACAGACACAGCAUGCAUGCACAUAUACACAGACACAGCAUGCAUGCACAUAUACACAGACAUAGGCAUCAACAUACACACAGAGAUCCAAAAAAGCAGAUGCACAAUACUGAACACAAUUCUGUCAAAAGGUUUGUGUGUAGAAUUUUGUUACUUUAUUGAUAUAUUCAAUCAAUUUUAAUGACCAUGCCUGAACCAAAACACUAUUAAAAAACCACAUGUUGCCUUAGUGUGAAGAGCUACUGUAUUUUAAGGCAUCUGAAUGUAUAAUGAAACAGGGAUUUGCUGAGAUUUCUGAUUACAGGUUUUGUCACUUCAUUUGUGUAAUGUAACAUACAGAUGUGUAUCACAUUAUUAAAGAAAGCUAUCUGUUUA